CAGACCACAACUCCUUUUCAAUUCCAUGGACCAUCUAAAGCAGCCCUAGUGGACGAGUUUGUGGGGAAGCCACUGAACACAUUGAGAACACCAGCCAUGGUUGUCGAUAGAGCGAUAUUUGCCGACAAUUGCGCUAGGAUGCACCAGAAUGCUCGUGACUGGGGAGCCAACUUCAGGGCGCAUCUGAAGACGCACAAGACUACCGAAGGUACAAGACUACAGCUCGUUUCUAAUGUUGAUAAAACGAGUGCAGUGAUAGUCUCGACUCUUAUGGAAGCAUGGGAGGUCGUUAACGCUGGCCUAGCUGCGGAUGGGACAAUAAAAGAUAUCUUGUAUGGACUCCCUGUUGCCCCAAAUAAGAUCGAAGACCUCUCUCGCUUACAUAAGGAAGUGUCGAAAUAUGGUGGAGUUGUGCGAAUAUUCUUGGACCAUUUGGAUCAAGUGCGCUUCCUCGAGGAAUAUGAACGAAAGCAAGAAACUCCUAGGAGGUGGUCCGCUUUCAUUAAAGUAGACGGCGGCCAAAAGCGAGCCGGUAUACCCCCUGAACCUGCAUCAUUCAAGGCUUUCAUGGAUUCUGUUUUUGCUUCACCUGCGGUCUCGGUCUAUGGCUUUUACAGUCAUGCUGGCGACUCCUACGGAUCUGUGUCGCUUGAGCAAGCGACUUCCUACCUUACAGGCGAAGUACGGUUAGCCAAUGAUGCAGCAGCUCUGGCAUUAGAAGUCCUUUCCAAUUCCGCAAAUAAACACCUGUAUGACCAGCCAUUUGUGCUUUCGGUAGGGUCCACCCCAGCUGCUCACAGCGCUUCGGCCGAGGCGCGAGCACGAUUAUCAUCGUUAUUGCACGGAAAAUUAGAGCUGCACGCAGGCAAUUACCCUCUACUCGAUCUUCAGCAGCUACAUACAACCUUAAUUGAUCGACGUCGCAUUUCCCAACGUGUUCUGGCCACAGUUAUUUCAUAUUACGCUAGUCGAGGCAAGGAUGGUUUGGAUGAAGCUAUGUGUGAUGCAGGUGCAAUCGCAAUGAGUAAAGACACUGGUCCGAUUCCGGGCUUUGGAGAAAUCAUUGGAAAAUCGUGGAAACUGGGGAGGAUGUCACAGGAACACGGAACCCUGGUUCAGGUUCCCCCCGACCCAACGAACGGCCGAACAGAUACGUCGUUGAAAGUAGGUGAUAUAGUAGAAAUUGUGGGUCAGCAUGCAUGUUUGAUUGCAGCUGGUCAUCCAUGGUACUACAUAGUGGAUUCUGGUAUUGAGGGGGGAAGUGAGAAGGUGGUUGACGUCUGGGUUCCGUGGAAAGGCUGGUGAUCACGAGACAGAAGCAAAUAAACGGUCGACCACACCGUGACAGAAGGGAAAUCGAGGUAAUACUUGAUCUUCGUAAUUUGCAUACCAUGCAAGUUGAAUCAACUCAAAAUUUGAUACCUUCGG